CGAAAGUCAGCGCGCACCCACGACUGUCCAAACAAACGCGCUACUCUCGGGAUAUUGCAGGCGGUAGAGUUGCAAGUAGGUAUCGCAGACUGCAUUCCGAGUGCGCUACGCGAGGAGCACGAGCGUCAGAUCAGAGCCAAGUUGAUAAGCGGAUUCGUCGAAAUGACGAGUGAUGCGUGAACUUUGAAGAAGUCCGGCGAUUCAGCAAAGUCCCUCGAGUGGAAAGUGUGAGGAAAAGUCGAGAAGCAAUCAAGAGGUACAACGAGAGCCAAAAGCAGUCGAGAAGAAGAGUGCUAAAGCAGAGAUAGAGAACAGCAAACCGAGUAGGGCAGCACAGCUGACUGCAGGUUAGGAUCGAGCGGGUAAGCGCAAUAACCACGAAGACGACGGCUGAGCUGGGCGAGGAGGCGGAGCGGACAGGCGGGCGCCUGUUCGCGAGGCGUGAGUCGAUGAUCAAGGAGAUGGCUGACGACGAGGCGACCCAGGCGACCAACGACGACGCCAGCGAGUGCAAGAAGAGCGCGGUCCAGCUGGGCUACUGGUCCGACAACUUUAUCGGUCUGUUUGUCAAGCAGAGCACGCGCAAGGCACCCGAGAUCAAUCGCGGUUACUACGCUCGCGUCAAGGGCGUCGAGGUCUUUGUCGACAAGUUUAUUAAGAUAUCCGGUGGAAAGGGUCAAAUAAUUAAUCUGGGUGCUGGAUUCGAUACUCUGUACUGGAAACUAAAGGACGCUGGAACUACUCCGUUGAAUUUCGUUGAGCUCGAUUUUCCGAGUGUCACAGCGAAAAAGUGCUAUCAUAUAAAGAAGCAUAAGCAACUCAUUGAUAGGCUAAACACAGAAGAUGGCGAGAUACGGUUCUCAACGACAGAUCUCCAUGCCGCGAAUUAUCAUUUAGUUGGCGCGGAUUUGCGACACGCAUCGGAUCUGGCGAACAAAUUGAAACAAGCCGAAGUGAACUUCAAUUUGCCGACCUUAUUCCUGGCAGAGUGCGUGCUCGUUUACGUGGACUCCGGUGCCACCUGCCUUCUACUCAAAUAUCUAGCUGAAAACUUCUCCAACAGCUUGUUUGUCAAUUACGAGCAAGUCAACAUGCGCGACAAAUUUGGCCAAGUAAUGUUGUCCAACUUGCGCAGUCGAGGCUGUCUGCUGUCCGGCGUCGAAGACUGCGAGUCUCUCGAAUCGCAGCAGAGGCGCUUCACGCUCAAUGGAUGGGAAGGUUCCAAUGCUUGGACGAUGGUUGAAGUCUACGACUCACUGCCCGAGUCAGACAGGUUACGUAUUGAACGCAUCGAAAUGCUCGACGAAAGAGAGCUACUUGUUCAACUUCUACAGCACUACUGCAUCUCUAUCGCUUGGAACGGAAGUACCUUUAAGAAUUUCUCUAUAGCACAGGGAUAAGCUUGUACCUGUUUUGUGUGGAGAUAUCCUCCCGUUGGCGCCGUUGCAUCUAAUCAAGAGCUUUCCCAAUCGUUUUUUCAAUUCAAUCGUUCAUGAGAAUCUUCUAACCAUAACGCGUCUCGCUUUAAUUGUUUUACCGAGCCAUGUGCCUUUUUUUAUAUUUUAUUUUCAUUUACGAACAGCACGUGAUUCGUACAGACUGAUCUUAAUUAGAAUUCAUUAAUUAACUCAUACCAAUUCUAUUUUUUUCUUCAGUUUGCGUGUUCAUUUUAUCAAUCGCGUAAAAACGAGAGCGCGACAAAUUUGGAAAAUUUAUUUUUGUUACCCAAUCUGGUCGCUCGCUUCUUAUACUCCAUAAACUUUUUUUAGAAUUUUCAGCUUCUCAUUUUGUAAUAUACAUAUACAUAUAUACAUACGUACGUAGAAAUACUGGCUCAUUAUCAUUGUCUAUUUAUCAUGUUUUUCACGCAUUUCAACUAUUAAAUAUAUUUUUAUAUCGCGACGUAAAUUGCAUUUUUGAGUACAACAAAAAUAUAGCACAACAAUAGCUUUAGACUAUUUGUAAAAUAACAUCAUAUUAAGUAUUGAAAAGUAUAAUAAAAUAUUUUACUAUGGAAAAUUUAUUUUACUAUGAUAGUGCUUGACAAAUGAUCAUGGGUACUUUCAAACUUCAUUGGUACAUUACACGAUGUUCAAAAAUUUUUAAUUGGCUAGAUUUGUAUCACAUUUCUUUAAUAUCCAAUGUAAAUGAUUUGAUAAAAAGAAAUAGUUUAAUUAACAUGAAUAGAUUUACAGUAAGAGGCCAAAUAUGUCUUGAUAAUAAAAAUAUCUUUAGCCAAAGAUAAAUAGCGUUAUGAAAAUAAAUGCUAUGUAAUGAGUGAAAUGCACGGUAAUCGAUGUGCAACGAAAGUAAAAUUGUAUUGAAAGAAAAUAUUAACAUUAGAACUAAAAAAAAUUUCCUUUCAACUAAUUAGUUGUUAUUUUUUUGUAUAGAAAUAUAUUUUUUGAGUAUUGAUCUAAAAAACUUCGUACUUUUCUUUUUAAUUGUUGGAACGAAAUAUAGUGUUAUAUGUACAAUUUAUUGUAAACUCUUUCUCCGAUAUGUCUAUAUGAUAUAUAAAUACGUGUUAAAAAUAGGCGACCAUUUGCGCCGUUAUUAUUUUUUGAUCGAUUAAAAUUGGAAUACCACAGGUCUAUAACGAAUACCUUUUAAUAUCAAUAACAAUCAAAAAUGCAUUCACAUUUGUUUUAUUUACGUCGCUGAUAGCUGAAUUUAUUAUUCCAUGUGUAAUUUUUUUUUGGUAAAACGAUUGCUCAUAACUGUAACUGCUUUAACGUAAACUACAUAUAACAAGGUAUAUGUUAUAAAUCUAUUGAAUCCUGAUUUUGCCUCCAUCUCCAUUAAAGAAUAAUUAUGGAGCAGAAAGUUACUUAUUAUCAACACGUAUUUCUAUAUCUAUAUACGUGUCUGAGGGGGGGGAGGCAAAAUAUACGUGAUGUAUUCGAAUGUUUAUUACAGUUUUGGAAAAUUGAAUUAUUUCAAAAUGAAAAUAUUUCAUCUAUUAUCUAUGUAGUAUACAAUCAUUAUCAUCAGACGUCUAUCAAGUUACGUGUAUGUAUGUACACUAUCAAUUAUGUAACUUGAGUUCCAAAUUACAUUUUGUUUUCAAAAUUUAUUGUAAUAUUUAUUUCUUUAAAUACCUAUUUUUGAAUACGUAUUUCAAACUUAUGGAAUAAUAUAUCUAUAUUAUUCAACUGUCUUAAAUUCAAAUAUA